UUGACAUUACCACCAGUGCUUGCGACUGGCAACAACAAGCAAAAAGGGACACUGACAGGAUACGGCGAGCGAGUUCAUUGUGAGUCAUGCUGGGCGAAGGUUUUCUCCAAGCGUUGUGUUACAGGGAGGAACAUAAUGGUGCUUCUGCUUCCAUGGGACACAAGUUGGAGACGACGCAGACAGACAUUCAACAAAGAGGUUUAGACCAGGGGGAGCGUGAGCACAGACAUCAUGGAUUAAGACUAGCAGCUCCAGAUGCCACAAGCCUCUCCAUCCCUGGAUAUCCAUCUGACCUGACACUCUGCUCAGGCCCCUGCAGUCUCCUGCAACAUUAUCCUGACCUCCAGGUGGCUGACUCGGUCUUCGUCUCCCACAACCCUCUGAAAACCAAUGCCCCUCAGCAAGAUCUUUUCACUCAGUCAGAGCAAAAUGAUCUGCUUUGUGAGUCCGUUCCGUCUCUGUCAGACCAGGGCUACCUGGUUAUGGGUGAUGAUGCAAACAGCAGCUUGGGCAUGCCCGCCUCUCAGUUAGAGCCCAUGUCCAACUCACUGCUGAAUGGCCUUCUGGAAAAAAAGCUGGAUGAGGUGUACGUCCAGCACCUGACUGAUAAUCUGGCUCGAUGCAACUCCCAACUGGGGAACAGCCUCCUGCAUGGCCUGGUGCCUCCUUUGCAGCCUAAUGAACGACAACAGGGAGCACACUCACUAGAGUCCAACCUGGAUGAGGGACCAGGAGGGGAAUGUGGCAAGAAGUUUGGUUACCUGAGCAACCUAAACUUGGCUCCCUGCUCGUCCAACUUUAGCACUCCAGUGCUGCGCAUUUCUGAGGAUGUUCAUCCAAAAUGAAAAUAUAUUUGGAAACAUAGAAACCAUUAGGCUUAAUUUUUUUUAAUAAUCAAGAAUGUAAAUACUACUUUUUGUUUCGUGUACCUGAAUUGACUCAGAGCAUUAGCUCACACAUGACACCUGCUGGUAGAUUCUGGUACUACAUCGGGAUAUGUCUACCCAACACUGCUGACAUCCAGUGUCCAUUUGUGCAAUUAUAAAACAAAUGCAAUAUAAAUGUAUAUUGAUGAAAAUAUCUCAGACCUAAUAAUAAUACAAGUAAUAAUAAUAAUAAUAAUAAAUUGAUCAAAACGAAAGUAGAAAAAUAUAUAUAUGCAGCUAUAUGAUCCAGCUCCGGUCUGAAUGUGUAAUGUGUACACGCACUCAUCAUGUCUCAUUUAUUUUGGGUCUUUACUG